CUCGCUGCUGUAACCCCCACUCCCAACUCACACCGGCCUCUCUUUUACUAUUUUAUUUUAUUUUAUUUAUUCGCAUGUGCCUCUUCCCCGGAGCCGAUCAGGCAGUGGACGAGACGGGCAAAUCAAAGUUGGGCUCACACCGCUCCUGAUUAGCCCGAGCAGCUGCAGGAAACCAUCUCCACGGCAACCUCAAACCUCCGGGCUCUGCCUCGGAGCUGCUCAGCCGUCCCCAGGACCUUGGGCAGGAUGAAGCUGCUGGGGGCCGUGCUGGUGGCGCUCACCCUGCUGCUGCCGGGCGCCUGGGCCAGCGAGGCCUCCCGCACCUGCAUCUUCCAGAGCCUCAGCGAGUCCGACCACGAGUUCUGCAGGGGGAAUUUGGAAGUCAUCUACCCCGAGGUGGGCGACGUGAGCUGCUCCUACAUCCCCAAGUGCCACGGGUACCGCCAGAAGCUGAGCCAGGAGUGGGGCAAGCCCCGCGUCCGCUUCCCCUGGGCCAAGAAGAACAAGAAAUACGUCCUGGUGAUGGUGGACCCCGACUCUCCCAACAGAGCCAACCCCCAGCACCGCUUCUGGAGGCACUGGCUGGUCACCGACAUCCUGGGUUCGGAUCUGAGGGUUGGGAAGAUCAAAGGGAAGGUCCUGACAGAUUACAGCCGGCCCAAGCCCUCGCGCUACAGCGGCUACCACCGCUACCAGUUCCGCCUGUACCGGCAGCCGACACACCAGACCAUCUCCCUGAGCUCCGAGGAGCAGGAGUCGCUGGGCACCUGGGACUUGAAGGACUUUGUGGACGAUUUUCAUCUGGGCCACCCCGUGGCCUCGACCCAGUUCCUCACCAAAAACUACAAGGAUUAACUGCGGCCAUCCCUUCCUUGCCCUGCACAUCCCCACACCACAGAGCCGCCUCUGCCCGGAGCAGAGGGGACCCCAGGACCCACCGAGGAU